AUGAUGCUUAUUGCCUUAUGCAUGAUGGGCGUAGUUCUCGGCUUCAAAAUCACUGCAAAGAACAACGAAGGAAAAUUCCUCAUUAACAAUAACGGAAAAGCAGUCAUGUCCGAAUCAGGAAAGCCUGCAGAGUUCAAGACCGAUGAAGUGUCUCCUGGGGUUAAGAUCGUAACGGACAAGAACACUAACAAGGUACUGGACAUAGAAGGAAGCAAAACGAAUCUAAUCUUCUAUUCUAGGCAUGGGCAGGAAAACCAGAGAUUCACGUUUGUUGGAGGUGAAGGAGACGUCAUCUACAUUAAAAGCGGAGACGGGUGUCUAGAGUACGACUCCAAUGGAAAGAUGUACCGAACCACCUGUUCUGCGAAGGACCAACAGAGGUUUAAGAUUGUCUAUUCACUUGGAGAUCCUGGAUAUAAGCCUCCUGUUGAGGUACCGGUUCCUGCUGCACCCGAAAACCCCAGCACCCAAGAUCUAUUGGAAAGCCCCAGUUCCCAGGCUCUGUCUGGAUCUGCCAAUGCGCAUGCACCUCCACAGGUACUUAUAUUCAAUGGGAAGAAAAGUCACAGAUCUCAUUCAUGGCAUCACAAUCCCUAUGAGGACGAGUCUUCUAUAUAUGGUGAUAGUGACUGUCUCAUUGUUUAA